GCACCAAAUUCCUUUACUUGACCCGGCCGUCCGCCUCGCGCUCAGGUAGACGGGACGAACCUCGGCAAGUCUUCUCUCCAGACCUGCACCCACUUCCCAUCAUCCAUCAUGGCAACGAACGGCACAGCAGACAUCUUGAGCUCUGCCUAUCUUGCGGUGGAGUACGUAGAUGCAGUGCUGCCUGAAAACCCGUUCCAGCCCUCGCUGAAACACGCCUGGGGCUACAUGCUGGACAACUACACCAAGUUUCAAAUUGCAACCUGGGGGUCGCUAAUCGUCCAUGAGUUCAUCUACUUCCUAUUCUGCCUGCCUGGUUUUGUCUUCCAGUUCAUGCCCUUCAUGCAGAAAUACAAGAUCCAGCAGGACAAGCCAGAGACCUGGGAGAAACAGUGGAGAUGUUUCAAGAUGUUGCUGUUCAACCACUUUUGCAUCCAGCUGCCUUUGAUCUGCGGGACUUACUACUUCACCGAAUUCUUCAACAUCCCCUAUGACUGGGACUCUAUGCCACGCUGGACGUACCUCCUGGCUCAGUGCUUCGGCUGCGCUGUUGUCGAGGACACGUGGCACUACUUCCUCCAUCGCCUGCUGCAUCACAGACGAAUCUACAAAUACAUCCACAAAGUCCACCACGAGUUCACUUCUCCAUUCGGGAUGCAGGCAGAAUACGCUCAUCCCGCCGAGACUAUCAUCCUGGGUGCAGGCUUCUUCAUCGGCAUCAUGAUCUUCUGUAACCACGUGUUCCUCCUCUGGGCCUGGGUGGCCUUCCGUCUGCUGGAGACCAUUGAUGUGCACAGUGGCUACGACAUCCCUCUGAACCCGCUCCACCUGAUCCCGUUCUACGCCGGCGCCCGCUUCCACGACUUCCACCACAUGAACUUUGUGGGGAACUACGCCUCCACCUUCACCUGGUGGGACAAGCUGCUGAACACAGACAACCAGUACAACAAGUACAUGCACAAGCAGGGAGACAAGAAGGAGCAGUAAACCACUCGGUCCUCAUGUUCAUAUUAACACACACCUGUUCUGUCAGGAGGAGACAAGAAGCAGCGAGUCGUAAAGACACUCAGCGAGCACACAAACAGUGCCGCUGAUCCUCUCUGAACACUUCAUGAAACUCACGUACACGUCAAAGGUGUAUGAAAAACCAAUCAGCUGUGAUUCUGAAUCGGACUGCAUGUUGACUUCAGUCCGCCCUCUGUGCCUUUCGAUAGAAAAGAAGUACUGUUUGCUUUUGUCAACAGCUGCUGAAUAAAAAAACCAUCAACAUUCUCAUUUUGAUUUAUCACUUUGCUUGUCAUCAGAUGAAGAACGCCGUACCGUCUUGUGAAAUGCUUCUGUGUAUCUCCGAAUCUCUCAGCACUUUAGCACUUCCUCUUGAGUUGAUCUGAGUCACAGUGACACAGUCUUUACGUCCUGCGGUCGAAGAUGCAGCUCAGUGGAAACUGUCUAAACGCAGCGCCGACUUCUGAAACAAGUCAGGCAUGUUUGAUGCAAACCCAUGUAAAGUUUUGAUGAAAGGGAAUUGGCUCAUACUCUAGGUUGUUAAAGCUCAUGUUGUUUAUGGCUGUAACAAUGAUUAAAUGCUGUUUUCAUUUUUACAAAAGGAAACCUUGAUGAUGUUCUGUUUUUUUUUCUUUCUGUUUUGUCAUGUAAGAAUAAAAUAUGUUCUAAAAUUUUAA